AUGGUGCUGUGCAAUUCCAAGUGCCAUCAGAGUACACCAUGCAAUAAUUGUGCUGUGCAAUUCCAAGUGCCAUCAGAGUACACCAUGCAAAAAUGGUGCUGUGCAAUUCCAAGUGCCAUCAGAAUACACCAUGCAAUAAUUGUGCUGUGCAAUUCCAAGUGCCAUCAGAGUACACCAUGCAAAAAUUGUGCUGUGCAAUUCCAAGUGCCAUCAGAGUACACCAUGCAAAAAUGGUGCUGUGCAAUUCCAAGUGCCAUCAGAGUACACCAUGCAAAAAAUGGUGCUGUGCAAUUCCAAGUGCCAUCAGAGUACACCAUGCAAAAAUGGUGCUGUGCAAUUCCAAGUGCCAUCAGAGUACACCAUGCAAAAAUGGUGCUGUGCAAUUCCAAGUGCCAUCAUAGUACACCAUGUAAAAAUUGUGCUGUGCAAUUCCAAGUGCCAUCAGAGUACACCAUGCAACAAUGGUACUGUGCAAUUCCAAGUGUCAUCAGAGUACACCAUGCAAAAAUGGUGCUGUGCAAUUCCAAGUGCCAUCAGAGUACACCAUGCAAAAAUGGUGCUAUGCAGUUCCAAGUGCCAUCAGAGAACACCAUGCAGAAAUGGUGCUGUGCAUUUCCAAGUGCCAUCGGAGUACACCAUGCAAAAUUGAUGCUGUGCAUUUCCAAGUGCCAUCAGAGUACACCAUGCAAAAAUGGUGCUCUGCAUUUCCAAGUGCCAUCGGAGUACACCAUGCAAAAAUGGUGCUGUGCAAUUGCAAGUGCCAUCAGAGUACACCAUGCAAAAAUGGUGCUGUGCAAUUCCAAGUGCUAUCAGAGUACACCAUGCAAAAAUUGUGCUGUGCAAUUCCAAGUGCCAUCAGAGUACACCAUGCAAAAAUGGUGCUGUGCAAUUCCUAGUGCCAUCAGAGUACACCAUGCAAAAAUUGUGCUAGGCAAUUCCAAGUGUCAUCAGAGUACACCAUGCAAAAAUAGUGCUGUGCAAUUCCAAGCGCCAUCAGAGUACACCAUGCAAAAAUGGUGCUGUGCAAUUCCAAGUUUCAUCAGAGUACACCAUGCAAAAAUGGUGCUUUGCAAUGCCAAGUGCCAUCAGAGUACACUAUGCGAAAAUGGUGCUGUGCAAUUCCAAGUGUCAUCAGAAUACACCAUGCAAAAAUGGUGCUGUGCAGUUCCAAGUGCCAUCAGAGUACACCAUGCGAAAAUGGUGCUGUGCAAUUCCAAGUGUCAUCAGAGUACACCAUGCAAAAAUGGUGCUCUGCAUUUCCAAGUGUCAUCAGAGUACACCAUGCAAAAUGGUGCUGUGCAAUUCCAAGUGCCAUCAGAGUAA